AUGCGAGCGUAUCUUUACCUCCUUUGCCCUUCGCUGCUUGAAGCAUGGAGACUCGCAUGCGUGGUGAAACUUGGAAAUUCGACGGCUGAUCUCCAUGGCUUCCAUUCGAUCUACCGGACCUGGGGUAGUCACUGCGAAUGGUUGGUUGCUGUCAUACCAUCUGGAGCCAGGGCAACAUUUUGGACAACGGUGGGACAAGGCUCCUUUCAGGUGAUCCAACUUGUUGAUCCACCUAGUGAUGCACGUGACUUGCUGCAGCUCACCCGCCUGACCAUUGACACCAUUUCAGGAGGCUUGGCGGACUUGGUUUGCGCUUUGGCGAGGCCUUGGAUGUUCCUGGUGCCGCAGAACUUGAUUGCAUUCUUGAGUGAUCAGCAGACGGCCAGCGGAGAGCUAGGCCAUUGGUCAAUACCUUGCGGUAAGACGCUCUUUUGCCAGACGGGCCUGCCACAAGUGUCACAAGUGUCAAUGCGCGCGUGGCCACUCUUCCCUGCGAUGUGUGGAAGACGCCUCGAGGAGGCCUGCGGUCAGAACCUGAGCCAACCAGUAGCUCUUCAUGCAUCCAGCACAAGGCAGCUUUCAGAACUGCAUGCUUUCUUUUAUCAUGCCUGGCCACUCAAAGCAAAUUGUCAAUUGCGCUUGGCAUCUUCUGCCCGGCCUCCUCUACCUCGAGUAGCCGUCCUCAUCGGGUCCCUCCUACGUGGGCUUCACAAGUCUGGUCAGAUGCUUCGAAGAUUGUUCAAGGAUCGAAGAAUUCGAUACCACAUUUUCAUGUAUUCUUCACCACCUUUGGCAUGGGGCAACAACCUUGGAUGUGCUCGACUUCUGGAUGACUUGGUCCACCAACUGCCUCGUCACCAGAUCACUUGGAGAUAUGCCACACGAAGCGAGAAUCUCCAAGAGGAAGCAUUUGCGAAGAGAGUCAACUCAAGGUGGGGAAGCUGUGCAGGUGCACUUAAGCCACUGAUGAAGCAGCUAGACUGA